CGUAUGAACAACAAACAGUUGGACUUCAACAAGCUAGCGAGGGGUAACGCUGGUCAAAAGGUUCAGCUGACUUCACUUGGACCACUAAGAUACACACAAGCCUUUGUGGUAGGAAAAUAGUAACUGUAAUCGUGAAAUAGCUUUUUUUUUUUCUUCUACCGACACGUGUAGCCCCGGUACGGCCCCAUAGCGCCGAGGUUAGCCACCGAAUCAUGUUCAGUGCUCGGAGUGUGACGCCUGUUUUUUUCCUCGCUGCCGCUUGCCGAGGUUUGUGAUGCGAGCAGAGUUGCAGCACGGCAGAGGGUGAGACCAGCGCUACUGUGGGAAUAUUUUUCUUGUCACGGAAGAAUGGAUUUUGUCGUGGAAAAACGGACGGGCUCACGUAAAGAAGCAGACAUGCGACCGCACUCUGGCCUGGAUGUCAUUGUUGGACAACAACUUUAGCAAGCUAGCAAACGUUAGCUCGCUUUGAUUCACGUUGAUGACUUGGUUUUGUGUCGGAAUAUAAACUCGCUUUGCUAGCGUAAUGGAGGCGCCCAGACUGAUUUGUCCGUGUCAGUAAAUUGCCCUGGUCCUAUUUAUUACUGCUGGUAAUGUGCUAACGACCAGGGAACCUUUCCUCGGUCCCCGCUUGGACUAAUACGACACGACUGAUAGAAAUGAUUAAGCCGUGCUUAACCAGCCCGACAAAUUGCAAAGCAAAGCUGACUAGUUUGGUUAAUGAAUAAUUAUUGAAACAGUAUCUGUUUUGCACAGAUAUGACACAUAUGUUGUUGAUGUAUGAAAUUGCACUUUAAUUAGUUGAUUUAUAAGGAUGCACCAAAGUCACCUGUGACGUGGUUUUUUUUUAAACCGAUAAAUACCCCCCAAACAAACAAGAUUAAAGUCAAAGUAUAGGGAGAAUUUCUCAAACACUUGAAAUUAAUUUUGUCAAGGAUUGUAAAGGACCAAAUUGAGUGCUACACAUUGUUUGUAGGCAGUGAACAGAGACAACCUUAUCAAUGUCAGUUGGUUCCUAGUCACUGUUUAACCUACAAUCCAACCUAUGUGACACAGUUGAAAGCUAAGUGUCAUUGGAAAUGUAAACAUGAAUAUCGAAGAACAAUGUCUAGACUUAUGCAAUGUCAAGACAAAAAGCAAUGUGGAUGAUGAUCAUAACACUACUAACAACACAGAAGGAGUCACUCCUAGAAUCUCUGAACUGAUGAUGGACAGUAACACAGAAAAACAAAACGCUGUUCCCACAGUGGCCUCUGAAACGUACCUGAUGCCUCAGCUCACUGACAACCUCCAGGCUGCUGUGGAAGAUAACCACCAGGCACAAGACACACUGGAAAUUGAUGAAGUCAAUGGAAAUCGAAAGAGUUGUGCACAGGAUACCCCAGCUGUAGUUAAUCCAACUGACUUGAUUUUACCUAAUGAUGAGCAGCAAAAGAACAAUAUUGAGGAGGAGAAAAUAAAGGAAGAUAAGGACAGUGAUUCUUCAAGCCUCUUUGCAGAAGUAGGAUAUGAUGGUGGGGACAUGGACAUAGGUGUGGAUUUGAGUCUUGAUGAAAGUGGAGUGUUGGAGGCUGAAUCAACAAAUGUUCAAUCGCUCUCAGAUAUUAAUUUGGACUCAGAGUCCACUCCUCAGGAUGUCCCAGCUGGCAGAGUGGCAGAAAACCAGUCAAAUGCAAACCAGACCUGCAGCAAAGUGGCCUCCACUACUGAUGCUGAACAGGAUCCCUCAGUGGAGGAGGAGGAGGACGGGGAUGAUAAACACAAACCAAGUGGAAAAAGGGUUACAUUUCCCUCAGAUAUAGUCUCUGGAGCAGUGGAGCCCAAGGACCCGUGGAGACAUGCUCAGAAUGUGACUGUGGAGGAGAUCCUCUCAUCCUACAAACAGGCCUGUCAGAAACUCAACUGUAAACCAAUACCCAAAGUGCUCAAACAGAUACAGGAACUGAAAGACCUGACACAGCGAAACGAAUGCUUAGAUCUCAAAGGUGAGAAGCUGGACUACAAAGCCUGCGAGUCUCUGGAGGAGGUUUUGAAGAGAGUCCAGUUUAAGAUAAUAGACCUGGAGCAGACCAGCCUGGAUGAAGAUGGGGCAUCAGCUCUCUUUGACAUGAUAGAGUACUACGAGUCAGCAACACAUCUCAACAUCUCCUUCAACAAACACAUCGGCACACGGGGAUGGCAAGCUGCUGCUCACAUGAUGAGAAAGACAAGCUCACUGCAGUAUCUUGAUGCCCGUAACACUCCUCUACUGGACCACUCGGCUCCUUUUGUUGCACGAGCACUCAGGAUCAGUGGCAGCUUGGCAGUCCUCCACCUGGAGAACGCUGGCCUGUCUGGCAGACCGCUCAUGUUACUGGCAACGGCUCUAAAGAUGAACAUGAACCUGCGGGAGUUGUAUCUGGCAGACAACAAACUCAAUGGCCUUCAGGACUCUGCUCAGCUUGGCAACUUGCUCAAGUUCAACUACAACAUUCAGAUCCUGGACCUGCGCAAUAAUCACAUUCUGGACUCUGGUCUGGCAUACUUGUGUGAAGGACUGAAAGAGCAGAGGAAAGGCCUCGUCACUCUGGUGCUGUGGAACAACCAGCUCACACACAACGGCAUGGGCUACCUCGCUGCUGCACUGCCAUGUACUCAGAGUCUGGAGACUCUGAACCUCGGCCACAAUUCAGUGGGUAACGAAGGAGUCCACAAACUGAAAGACGGCUUGAUUGCCAACCGUUCUGUGCUCAGACUGGGCCUGGCUUCCACCAAGUUGUCCUGCGAAGGAGCCGUCGCUGUGGCCGAAUUCAUCGCAGAGAGCCCCAGACUGCUGCGUUUGGACCUUCGAGAAAAUGAGAUCAAGACCGGUGGCCUGAUGGCCCUCUCACUUGCUCUUAAGGUCAAUACUUCUUUGCUGCGUCUCGACCUCGACCGGGAGCCCAAGAAAGAAACUGUGAAGAGUUUCAUUGAGACACAACGUGCCCUGCUGGCUGAGAUCCAGAAUGGCUGCAAGAGGAAUUUCAUCUUCGCUAAAGAGAAGGAGGAAACUGAGCAGAAGAUGAGGUUGUCGGCUUCCAUGGCAGAAAUUGCCACCGAGGAUGGUACUAGGGAAGAAGAAGAGGAUGAAGAACCAACACUGGAGAAGAAAGAGGAAAAAGAUGAAAAAGCAGAAGAAGAGGAGGAUGAAGUGACUGGAGAUGAAGGGCAAACAACCAACCAAUCAGAAGCAAGCUCUGAAACAAGCGUUCUUCAAACAAAUCUAGAGUCUGACUCCGACACUGAGGAUGAAGAUGAAGAGGUUGUCACAAAGUCCUCAUCCACUUCACACUCUUCCACUGUCUCAAGUCCUCUCAAGACUGCUCCUCAAACCCAUUCCGGGGUCUCGCUGUCCCCCCUCAGUGCCUCAUGUCUGUCCUCACCUCUGUCUGCCUCACCAGCUGUAGGGCCAAGCGUCAUUUCUGGGAUCACCGUCACAGAAGCCCCAGUUCCUCCAGGCACGCCUCCAUCUCCUGGACGAUGUAUAUCCGUCUCAAGCCCUGGUAGGGGUCAUAAGAUCUUUAUGGUAACUCGGGUUGAAAGCCCCCUUGAGCUGCAGCAGCUGCUACAGCCUCAAAAAAGUACAUCUUUAGCUCCCAACCAAACAGAAGAGGCCACAAAGAAGCCAGCAAACAAGAAUACACCCAUGACACAGCAGACACAGCCCCCAACCAUAUUUCAAACUCCCCCACAAAUACAACUGACUCCUGAUGAUGUGAAGGAGAGCUCACCUGCUAUGUCUACCAAGGGUAAAGUGACAAAGGAAAGUCCUGUAGCAGGAUUAGAGUCUAAACUAGAUACUACACAGACCAGCAAACUAAAGCCACAUUCAGUAAGUCAACACACAGAGGAUAGGCCAGCCAAAAAUUUAGAUGCAGAUGCAAGUCUACAAACACCAGCUCAGCCUUCAAAUCCCUCAUCACUGCAGGCUGUAACUUUUCAGCUAACAGGAGGAGUAACAAAGAACUCUGAAAGCCCUGAACCUGACUCCAGCUGUGUAGAAGGAAACAAUGAAGAGGAAGAGUGUAACGCACAAGAUGGUAGACAGGUAAUGCCCCCAGAAUGUAAACAAUCAGAUGAACUGCAUAAACCCCAGACUAGUUUACCUACAGAGGAGCACCUCUUGUCAUCAGAGGAAACCAUUUCAACAAGCCAGACAGGGGGAACUCCUCCACAAGAUGAGCAGGAAGCACCAGUCAGUUUUUCAGAAAAUGAAACAUUCAGUUUAACACAGACAGAGGAGCCAAGCCAAGAGGAAUCAAUGCCAAAGCAGCAAACAAAGGCAGAUGAGCAGGAAGUGGUGCCUGUUCACUUGGUCCAGACUCACCAGCAGGCACCAUCUGUCACUCAGGGAGGAGCACAGGUGUCAAAUCCAGCAGCAGAGGACACCUCUGAGAGUCCCGAUCCCACCUACACUCAGACAAAAGCUGAUGCUGAAGUGAAUCCAGACAAAGAGGAGGAGUCAGCAGAUGAAAGCUCUAUAGACGAGUGUUUUGCUGAAGUUAUGGAAGAGGAAGUGGUCAGUUCAGCUCUGCCCAACGGCCUGAAACCUGAAUUCUCCCUCCAUCUUCUCGACUCCGAAAGCCCAAAGCCUGGCAGCUGUGUGAUGGAGCACGUGAGUGCCAGCUGUGGACAGGAAUUAGAGGAGCUGCUCCUUGAGGCCAGCUUGGAGACUGGGAGAGAUGCACCAUGAACCAGUGAAGUUAACAUCUGGAUUUUGAGGGCAGGCGAAAACAUCCUUCAGAUGGUUUGUCAGGCUCUUCUAACUACAAUGUUUUCGUCAUUUCUUUGACUUGACCACCACAACAACUUUUCCUUAAAGAACAGAGGACCCAGACUUGGAGUUAUAGAAAAUGCAAGUAAAGGACAAAAUCAACUUCUGAAGCUCACCUGUGUCAAAUACCAAGUCCUCUACAUCCACACUACAUCAUCCAUACAAAAUGGGAAAGAGAAAUAAAAUCACAGUUGUCACUACAUUUUGUUGGUCUGCCAUCUUUACACACAAACAACUACUUCUCUGAGAAGAGAGGACAAACAAAGGAGGGAGGAUCUAACACUAACCAAAGACAGAACCCAGACUUUUCCCACAGCUCUUACUUUAGCUCCUCUGUAGACUGUUGGGCAAAUGACUAGCAGGUGAAGUUCUUCAUGGCUGAUGGAGACAUAACAGUGAUGAUGAAAAAAGUGGGGUUCACUCAGUAAACCAAGCAUCAGUUGUGGACUCUGCUGAUUUGACCUGAUGGCUUUAAGCAUUUGAGGUGGGAGUAUGUUGUUGUUAAAAGGCUUUUAUAUCAAGAAAGAUGAGGAUGUUCACGUCUGUUUAAAUGUAAACAUUUCCUAUGUCUCCCUCAUUUCUGGCCUCCUCCUCCUUUCCCCAUAACACAUUCUUAAGGGACCUCUACCAAAGUGACCUCCUUCCUGUUUGUUUUCUCUGCCUAUCAGUAACCGCUGCACUCACUUGCUGCUCAGACCUCUCAGAUCUGACAUGGCAGAGCUGCAACCCCCGUCCCACUUCCCUCCGCUAGGAAAGUACUGUUGGAAAGCCUAAGUUGGUCAUUUAUUCCCCACUGAAGAAGAAAAGGAAAUGUGAAUAUCCAGCAAGAUGUCUGCCUUUUUUUUAAAUUAUCUGCAGGUAUAGACUCCACCACUUUGUUCUUGCAGUCAUUGUUGUGCAAACCUUUACAAAAAGCAGUCUGAUAUGUCCACCUCCUCCCUCCUCGUCUCCCUCAGUCUUCCACUGUACUCUGUCUAAUUUCACCUCUCUGCUCCUCAUUCAGUUGCCUUCAUUCUUCACCUUUGGAAAUUUCUUAUUUUUGUUUUUUCCCCUGUUUGUCUUGUUUUUUUCUUCCUUUUCUGGCUGCUUUGAGAAAUCAGUGGUUUUGUAUUUAUUUUACAGCUGUUGGAGGCUUUUGUUUGUUCCCUUUUUCCCCAUUUUAUCCUUUAUUUUUGUCUGGGGGUCGCUUUUAAAGCUGACUAUUUUUUGAUGUAUAUUUCAUAUUCAGACAUAGAGCAAAUAUUUAGAUUUUUUUUCUUUGUUUUUGGGAGGGAGGUAAUCUAUAACAGAAGUGUAAGGUAGAUGAAACUGAAUGGUUGACAACCGGGGUGCAUACUGAAAAUAAAUACAAAGAAGCUCCAAAGGUCGACGAUGUCCUUGUUGCUUUGAGGCUACUCUGCUGGGUGAAGCUGUGGCCACAGGAAGCUGCGGAUGUCUUGUUUUCCCACAGACCUGAAGGAGACCACUCUUAACACCAACACAAUUUUCCAAAGCAAAGCAGUAAAAAUGAACGUUGGAUAUCAACAUGUCUGUGGAGAGCUGGUUUUUUUGUUUAUUUUCUCAUUUUCCCCUGAAGCAAAUACAGGCAGGUGUAUUUUCUCUUGUUCUAAAUGGAGCAGUGUUCAACCUUCCUGCUCUUCUCCACCCAACAGAUAGUUGGCCCCCACUGUUUGUAAUGCUUUAAUUUUUAGAGAUUUUUAAUAAUGAUUUGUUAACUUAAUUGAAAUGUGCUGGUAAUCACAAAGAUAUGUAUAGCAAAAUUUGUUCCUCUCAAAUAAAUGCAUGUAAUGACUAA